AUGCUCUCCCACCAUGGGCUUCCAGACUCGGGGCAUUUAUCCGGUCUGCUAUUUGUCCCAGAUCUCAAUUCCCAAGAUCCGUGCCAUCACAUCACAAGCCCGUUCAUUCCAGAAAACGUGACGCGCCAUAAGGAUGUUUCGGAGUUCGGCUACCCCGUUAUUGGGCUGGCACCAUGGGUCUCCCCAGAGUGCACCCAAUCGUUUCUAGCUGCCUCCCGAGAAGCAGGCACCGAUGCUCUCGUAUUCUUCCAGCCUUCCAGUAAUGACACUGGAAUACCACCGCCACCAAGUUCCGAUCGAUGGAGCCUGCAUGAUGACGAUCAAUGGAUGAUUGAUAACGAUUAUCCUAUUUAUGCCGUGCCGGGCCCCGCUGGAGUGACACUGAUGAACGAACUUUCAUGGUUUUCAGACGGCUCUAUUCAUAAUCAAACUCAUAAUAUCUCACAUAUCUCACAUACUUCUUCAUCAAACGAGUCACGAGACCCAGAUACAAGACUUUUCACGAUGCUUGAUACGGGUGAGUUAUAA